AUUUGACCGUUUGGCAAAACGGAAGAAUUGUGCAUAAUUUUUAUCAAAGGUUUUAAUUGAAUAAUCAAAAAAUCCCCACGAAAUAAACAAAUUUUACAGUGGCAAGACACAAGUCACAUCAUUAGUGAGGAGAGCGCACGAUUCAUGGACAGUAUGGUUCUCAAUUCAUUUGAAUGGCAAACUAUGUGAUGCAAUUUCAGUUACAUCUUAUGUGAUAUACACUUUCCGGGCGAUUCGAUGCAAUGCAAUGCAUAUACACGUAACAGUUUUUGUGAGUUUCACAGUUGGAAACUUUGAAUAUUGCUCAGUCGAUUCAGUGCAGUUGAGUUGAGUUAAGUUUUGUUGAAUUAGUUUAAUUUGGAAUCAUGUUGUGAUGGUGCUGCAUUUUAUCCAGUCGCUGUGUAAAUUUGAUUCGUAAAUUUAUUUCAAUCAGUUUUUGUGUCGACUUUAUUUUUAUUUAAGAAAAAAAAAAAGAAAAAAACAAACAAUGGAUUUCGAUAAAGUUUUGGAAGAUGUUGGCUCAUUCGGCUUGUAUCAAAAAUUGGUUAUAGCCGUACUAUUGCCAGCCGUGUUACCAUGCGCAUUUCAUGCUUACAGUCAACUGUUUAUAGCAUCAACACCGAGUCAUUGGUGUCGCAUUCCAGAGCUCGAUCCAUGGUACGCGGAUGUACCCGAACUCUUAAAAUCGUUGAGCAUACCAUUGAUAUUUCACGAUGGACAGAGGAUCUAUUCACAAUGUGAAAUGUAUUCACGAAACUAUACGGAAAUUCUAAUGAUGUUGCAUACAAUGGACACACAAAAACUGCGAAACAAAACUGAAUUGUAUUUGGAUCCAUUGAAUUCAACAACUCGAAAUUAUGAAAGUAUUAAAUGUAAAGAUGGUUGGAUUUAUAAUAGAACCAUGUUUCCAAACACCGUUGUUAUGGAGUGGGAUCUUGUGUGUGACAAAAAUUUUUAUCCAGCAUUGGCACUCGUUCUAUUCGGAGUCGGUGGUUUGAUUGGCAACUAUUUGUAUGGUUUUCUUCAGGAUUAUUGGGGUCGACGGCCAUCAUUUUUUGUGUAUUUAUUUUUGGAAAUUGUUGCCUGUGCAUUGAGCUCAAUGACAUGGAAUUUCACAUCAUGGGUGAUAUUUCGUGUCGUCGUCGGAUUCACUGUUCCAGCUAUUUUGGCCAGCCCAUACGUGCUCGCAAUCGAAUUGGUUGGACCGAAGCAUCGUGUAUUCUGUACAAUUGUAUUGAAUAUUGCGUAUUCAAUUGGAUUGGUGCUGUUGUCAGGUAUCGUGUAUUUUGUUCGUGAUUGGCGUUAUCUGUCGUUGGCUGUAUCAUUGCCGCUUUUAUUAUUGUUUUUCUUCUUCUUCACUCUGCCCGAGAGUCCACGAUGGCUUGUCGCUACGGGAAAAUAUCGUCGUGCCGCUCGUAUAAUGAGCGAAAUGGCUCGAUUGAAUGAAAAAGUGAUUCCAGACGAUUAUGAGGAGGUGUUACGACGCUAUUUCGAUCCAAAUAUGAACACAUCUUCAAAUGAUCCAGUAUCAAAUGAUGCGAAAUCAGCAUCAUCAAAUAUUGGUGUUUAUGAUUUAUUUCGUACACCAAAUAUGCGUGCAAAAACGUUAAUUAUAACAUUUAUUUGGUUUGCAAAUACAUGCGUUUACGUUGGUCUGAGCUACUAUGCUCCAGCAUUAGGUGGUGAUGAAAUUUGGAAUUUCUUUUUGGCCGGUGCUGUUGAGUUGCCAACAUAUCUAUUUUUGUGGCCCGGAUUAAGUUGCAUUGGACGUAGGUGGAUUUUAUGCGUAUCGAUGUUGAUCGGUGGCAUUGCAUGUCUGCUCACAUUUUUAGUACAAGAAGAUCAAUUUAUUAUGCUGAGUUUGUACUGUAUUGGAAAAAUGGGCAUUUCAUCGGCGUUUGUUGUGCUGCCGCUAGCCGCAUCCGAACUCUAUCCAACCGUGGUUCGUGGUUUGGGAAUGAGCAUUAGCUCAGUCAUCGGAAUGAUUGGACCAAUCGUUAUACCAGUUAUAAAUUAUAUGGGAAGCAACAUGAUGGUCUUACCUCUUAUUAUCAUGGGAUGUUUAUUAACACUUGGUGGCAUAGCUAGCCUAUUUUUGCCAGAAACGAUGAAUCGACCGUUACCACAAACAAUUGAAGAUGGUGAAAAUGUGCCGUUGUCGAAUCCAUUUCGACGCAAUCGAGAUACAGCGACCGAAUUAAAAACCAUCAAUAAUUAAAAUAGCAAUAAUAUUGUUUAUUUAUUUGUUCUAAUUAUGGUUUUGUUUGUUGAAAAAAAUAAUAAUAUAAAAUUGAAAUAAAUGGAAUUCACAUUGGUGCUAUUGUAGAAGUAAACGUGUUCAGUAAACAAGCAAAAUAGAGCUCCAUCUAUUGAAUAAAAUUGGAAGUAAUCAAAGCAUUUGUUUAUCCUUUUGUUUGCGUCAAUCCGUAUCAUAUUGAAUUUAUCACGUACCGGGUGCCAAAAUCAUAAUGCAGACACAUAUAGGCAGAACAUUAAAACCAACACAUACAAACAAAAUGUAACCAUAUUGGUGACAUUUCAUUCGAAAAAUCGUACAUACAAACGAAUCCAAAUCCAAAUGAUAUAAGCACAAAGAGCUGUUUGAUUUUCUUUUUUGUUUAUUAUGCAAAUUUAAGCUUAUAUGUUAGAAUUGGGCAAUCACAAUUUAGUUUAGUUUCUAAUGCAAAAUUGUGAAAUCAACAUUUAUUGAAGAA